AUGGCUGGGAUCUAUGACUUGUUGAAGUUCUGCACCAUAGGGCUUGGCAAAAGCAGAGACCUGGUGGAAGCUGUACAAGGGUUUUGGAGUGGGAGCAGUAAUGUGUUCUGCUUUCUAUGGGGCCCUAUGACACCAACGUUGCUGGACGUAUGCGUCAUCACUAGUCUGCCUGCUGUUGCAGAUGUUGCCGUAGAUGGCAAUGUGACUAAUGAUGAUGCAAUUGCAGCAGUGGCAGGGCAACCUAGAAGCUAUGGACCUUUCAUCAAUGAGAACAAAGGGCACACAAGUCGGUUACAUCAUAUCCGAUUUCUUGCUAUGUGGUUGAACAUGUAUGUGUUUCCUGGAAAAUUGUUUCAAAUGACUAUGGAUUGGUAUCAUGUUACUGGUAGGUUAGCAUCUGGAGUCCAAAUUAACUUGGCAGAAGCUAUACUUGCUAUGUUGUAUCAUUGUUUGCAUGAAGCCAGGCAUAAUCCUGUUGCUACAUUCUGUGGCCCUGUCUUCAAGACUGUUUUUGAAUCGAACCCCAACAUUGAGGCGAGUGUACUCAGCCAUGACUGGUGGCAUAAAAGCUUUGAGGAAGGUUGUCAUGCUGAAGCAGAGAGCGGAAAAUGGGACAAUAAUGGGAGACCUGGUAGGGAAAAGCUCACGAUGGCUCAAUAUACCACGCAUUGGAAGUUGAUGGAUCUGAGGGGUAGAUCAGCAGCAACAAUACCUUUCAAUUUUUGUUUCAAUGCAACACCUGGGUUUACAGACUGGCGGUAUGAACUGUCAAUUGGUAUGUACGGUUCUGGGUAUGAGGCAAUCAAAACCUCCUUUGGCAUUGGCAAGUUUGCAAAGAACAAAGCAGUUGGUGGUGUUGCAGAAGCAAAGAAGAAAGGAAAAGGAAAAAGUGGUGCUGCAGCAAAGACUGGUGGUCAAUCAAGCAAAAAGAGCACUGCAACCGCUGCUGUCAAGGCAAAAACAAGUGUCGGGAAGAAUGCUCCAACCUCCACCCGUCGAUCCAAGAGGUUGAUUGGGAGGAAGCGGUCUGCUAGUGAAGUCAGCAAUAAGGAGAAUCCCGUAUCCGUGUCUGAGAGUGAAGAGGAAGAAGCAGAGAGCCCAGGCAGCGAGAAAGGUUCUAUUACAGUAGCUGAAGAUCAUACUGCGCAGAAAACAGUUCUCGAGACUAGCGGCGCCAGAAGCAAAAAGAUAAUGAAAACGGCCAGUUCGAGCACUCCAACCGCUUCUAGGAAGAAAGCUCUUCCAUCCUUAGAGUCACUCAAAGCUAAAAUGGAACAAACAAAAGCGGCAGCUUAUGUGAAAACAGAAGAAACGUCUCGUGCCCAUGAAAUGCCUCUAGGAGUUGCUUUGCAACAAAUCACAGAGAUGUUCCAAUUGCCUGCUGAAGAAACUGCUUAUGGCCUGCAGGAGAAGAACAAAUUGCUAUCUGAACAACUAAUUGAACAGGCAGGGCAACUGGAGACCAACAUCAAAGAAGCUAUUGCUGCCGAAACAAAGGCAAAGGAAGAACUGGAGAAGGCACAAGCCAAACGCAAACAACUGGAGGCAGAGCUAAGUGGUGUUGUUGCGGACACUGAUGUGGCAAUUGAUGGAUAUGGGCGAAUGACCACCGUUGUGAACCAGCUUCUUCCGAAGUUCCAGGAUGCUGAAAAAAUUGUAGAAGGUGCGCAAACCAGCUGGAACUUUCUGAAGAAUACCAUCACCAAGCUAACGCAGGAAGUAGGAACAGGUCCUAACUCUCCAAUGCCCGUGAGUCAAACCCCUCGAAGUCAUUCUGAAGGCGGUGCAACAGCAGAGGAAAGACAAACAACUUCAGAAAUGCCACAAGAUGUGCCACCACAUGAAGAAGAGGCCCUUGAUGUGGCACCGUUAGCUAGCAGGCCUGCAACCUCUCCAGCAGAGAUAUGA